AUGGCUCGCAGCUUCCAGAACCAGAAGAACUAUCGGAAAGAUUUGGCUGAGGAGACCCUGAGGAUCCUCCAACGAGGUGGCUAUUCAUCACCAGAGGAAGAAUGGGUGGAUCUCAACCAAGACAUCGAGGAUGCAGUCCAGGGAUCCUUCGUGCUGCAUGAGGGUGAUCCCAUCCGGUCCUCCUCACCGGAGCGCGCCUCGGCUCCCUCGCGCUGGUCCCUGGAAGUGACGGCAGAGACCUCGCUGGAAGCUUUGUACAGACUCGCGGGGGAGGCCACGCAGGAUGCUGAGACAUCGAUGGUGCUGCUCAACUUUGCCAGCGCCAAGAAUCCAGGAGGUGGCUUCCUAGGAGGCGCGCAGGCUCAAGAAGAGUCACUGGCACGGUCCUCGGCGCUCUUUCCAUGCUUAGAUCAGUUCAAAGAUGACCUGUAUGCGGCCAAUCGGAAGGAUCCCCGCAAUGGCUUCUACUCGGAUGACAUGAUUUUCUCUCCAAAAGUGCCCUUCUUCCGCACCGACACGGGCGCUCUGCUGCCUCGCCCCGUGAAGUGCUCGGUGAUCACGGCGCCCGCGGUGAACGCCGGCGUGGUGGGCGGUGGAUCCGCGCAGAAGGUGCUCAAGGCCAUGGAGGUGCGACUUCACCGUUUGCUGCGCCUGGCGCUGGCCCAGAACAGCAGCACCUUGAUCUUGGGCGCCUGGGGCUGUGGGGUCUUCCGCAACGAUCCCAAGGACGUGGCCAGCCUCUUCGAUGUGGCUCUGGCAAGGCCCGAGCUCAGCAACUUUGGCAAAGUCGUCUUUGCUGUGCCGGACCCACAGAUGAAAGAGCAGUUCUCUCAAGUGCUCCUCUCGGGUCGACGCCGAGCAGCACCGUCCGCAGCACCGCCCGCAGCACCCGUCCCCGUGGGGCCCUUACCGGCGGAGCCGCCCGCGGUGGCGGAAGCGACGGUGACGAGCGUGGUGGAGGACCGCCUGCUGGAGGAUGCCAGCCCGGAGUGGGCCAUGGAAGAGACGACCACGACCCUUCCUGUGAGGCUGGUGUCCUUCGGUUAUGGCAGGGGCGGAGGGAUCCCAGCAGCAGAUCUGGUCUUCGAUGCACGAUGCAUCCAGAAUCCUCAGAAAGGACCUUUGCGGCAUUUGUCAGGCCUUGAUGCGCGCCUGCGCAAGGAGGUCAUGGCCAACGACGGGGCUGAGGAGCUUUUCCACGAGAUCCUCGAGCAGACCAUGUCCCGCAUCAGCCGGGAGCAACCCACGACCGUGGCGGUGGGAUGCACGCAUGGAAAGCACAGGAGUGUGACCUUCUGUGAAGAGUUGGCGAAAACCCUCCGUGGGAAGAGCACUCCCGAAGGCCGAAGGCUCAAGAUCUCCAUCGAGCACCGUGAGGAAGCGAGCUGGUCCAAGAAGGGCCGCUGGCGAGGCCGGCAGGGCCGAGACUCCAAGUUCCAGAGGUUGCAGGUGGGUGCCUUGGCAGGAAAGCGGCUCAUCUUGGCAGGGGUCGAUCCCACCUCUCCCGCGGGCCUAUGGAAUGCCAAGCAGAAGGUCUGGGGCUCCUCGGAGCAUGGGCAGCUGGGCAUCGGCAGUCUCCCCACAGAGGAUAAGGCCGUGGCCCCUCGACUGGUCGAGGGCCUCCGAAGCGUGCCCGUCAAGCAGGUGGCCUCCGGUGGCUUCUUCUCGGCGGCGGUCUCCGAAUCGGGGGAGCUCUACACCUGGGGCCAUGGAAAAGAUGGACAGUUGGGACACGGAGACCUCAAGGAUGUGCACAUGCCGCGGGCGGUGCGGUCCUUGCAGUCCAAGGUGGUGCGCAGCGUGUCCUGCGGCGAGCACCACGUGGGCGCCGUCUCGGAGGUAGGGAUUCUGUACACCUGGGGCCGAGGCCAAAAUGGUCGCCUGGGCCAUGGCGGGCACGAGAACGAGCUCUUGCCCAAACCGGUGGAGACGAUGUCGGGCCACGCGGUGGGCUUGGUGGCGUGCGGCGAGUUCCACACGGCGUGCAUCCUGCAGAGCACGCCGCACGUUUACAGCUGGGGCUUGGGCCUCUCUGGCCGCUUGGGCCAUGGCGAUGAGCAAGACCGGCAGACGCCCGCCUUUGUGGAGGCGCUCACCGGCAUGCAGGUCAGCACCAUCGCUUGCGGUGGGCACCAUACUGCUGCCGUGGGGGACCACUGGCAGGUGAUGACCUGGGGUGGAGGUGCUUUCGGCAAACUGGGCCAUGGCAAUCGAUUAGCGCAAAGCACGCCCAAAGUGGUCGUGGCUUUGCAGGGUCAACGAGUCACCCAAGUGUCCUUGGGGCCGCAUCAUUCGGCAGCACUCACACAGAAGGGCGAGGUUUACACUUGGGGCCAGGCUGGCCGCUUGGGCCAUGCUUCUCAGGGUGCCGAGGUGGAUGAGAUGAUCCCACGUCCCGUGGCCGCGCUGAGCCACGUGACGGUGGCACAAAUCUCCUGUGGGCAUAGCCACUGCUGCGCGGUCACAGAGUCGGGUGACGUAUGGGCUUGGGGAAACUCCAGGACCUUCGGCCACACGGAGCAAAGCGCCUACCCCAAUGUGCCCACCAUCAUCAAGGUGCUGGCUGGCAAGGCCAUUAUCAGCGUGGCCUGUGGUGUGACACACAACGUGGCCCUGUCCGACUACCGUCGCCUGACCCGCCGUGGAGCGCUGAGUGCCUCCAGCAUCGCAGGAAAGAAGCGCAUCGAAGACGAAGCACGACGGAGCGUCGAGAGCAAGAAGGAGGUUGAGGCUCAGGCCAAGGCACUCUCCGUGCCCGACAUCGAGGAGGAGCGAACCCUGCCCUGGGAUGGUGAUGGGAGUCCUGAGAAGGGUAAGUGUGCCUCGAGUGAGCGCGAAGUGGCCUUCCUCUCCAGUGAGCUGAAAGCAUACCAGGAACAGACCUUGCGCUUGGCCAAGCUUCUGCAAGAAACCAGGACCAAACUGGAAACCUUGCAGAACGAGAACUCCUUCUUGAAGAGUGAGCUGGAGGUGAUGCACCAGUGCUCCAACGACGCGGACGAGCGCCUGGACACCUUGCGGCGGCACUUCAACGAGCGAAUCCGAGAGAUGGAAAGGCGCUACAACGACAAGGAGCGCGCUUGGCGAGAGACCUUCAGCCGUUUGCGGCUCCACCUGGGCGUAGGUGCAGGCCUUGAGCCGCCAGAAGAAGAGGAGCCCUCGAACGAGGAGGAGCCCCCAGCCAAGCCUCCGGUCGAGGCCACCAGCACCGCCACAGCAACCAGCAAUCCGCGAGUGCCGGAACCGGUUCCAGAUGCAGGCGCUCGAGCCUCGCGCGCCGGGUUGGGUGCUCUCUUUACCACGCCCUGA